UAUUUUUGAAGAUCCAGUCUCAAAAAGGCCUAUCCCUGUUAGAGACUCAAUUUAUAGAAGGACUUCUGCAACUCAAGAAGCAAGGAUUGAAAGAAUCACUCCAUGGCGGGCUGUUUCCUUAUCUCAAAUUGGAACCAGAUUCUUGCCACAAUGCUUGAGGGAGAUCAUUCAGCCUGUGUGGAAUUAUCUCAAAUCUAUCAUCUAUCCUCCAAUAUUGAUUUUAGUGGCAUGUUUGGUGGGGAAAAGGAUGUUGGGGCUCAGCAGUUGGUCAAACAACAACAAGCUGAGAUUAAAUCCAUGAGGAUUGAAAGAGAUGGAAUCUUGAAGGAGAUUGGAUUGCUCAAAUGGAAUGAUUUUCCUGAGAUUUUAGAGUUUAAAUCAGGGCUAGAAAAGCUUUAUUCAUUCCUCAAGCGACCCAUGGAACAACAUAUAUUUGAUGUGAAAGGCAAAGGCUUCCAAAUGACAUCCCUCUUCUCAAGACCUGAAACCCAUGAAGAGAGAAAUUUCCAACUAGAAAACCAGAAGAUCCUUGGAGGAGGAAGAAAGGGAAAGAAGAGAACCAGAGACGGGAAUUUGAAGGUUGGAAGCCCUCCUGUGGCAGAAUUAAGAGGGGAUGAACUGGGCCAUGUUAAGGAUCUUAUCUGGCAGGAACUGGUCCAGACUUGGGACUCCUUGCAAGAAAAGCUGAAUGAAUGGAGGUUGAACCAUCAACAUCCACCAAAUUUGAAUGAUGAUCAAAAUCGGAAGUUAUAUGAAGUCUAUCUGGCAGAGCUCCAAUCCCAGAAAUGUUUACUCUCCAUGGGCAAUUUUGUUCAUCAGUUCAAUCUGAUCCCUGCGGCAUAUAUGGAAAGAAUUGAACUAUAUCAGCCAGUCACAAUUAUCGAGAUGUUUCAGUUCCAUGUUCAAACUGUGAUGCACACUUCAAAGUUGUGGAUGGAAGUUAUUAUAAGAUAUAACAAUACUAUGCAAACAUUAAGAGACUUACAAUACUAUCUUGACUGGCAACCCUUUCAAAAGUCAAUUGCAGUGCUCCCAAAGAAGUACUGGAGAUACUUUGUGGUGGUUCUUCUGCGGGAAUGUGCCCGUGAUCGAGAGCAUCAACCGGCAAUAAACUGUGCGAGAUUUGACGAGAUUUCGAAGAGAUUUGUGGAUUUUGACGCCCUUGUUGCUGCCCAAUCCUCCACUGAAAGCAAGGCAAGAUUAGAAGCUAUGACUGCUGAUGAUUUACCAUCAAUCAGAGAAAUCACUGCAACUUUCAAUUGCUCAGCUUGUAUCGAGGAUGAUCUGUGUAUGUCAACCUUGCACAUCAACUGGAUCACCUCUCAAUGUGUGUUUGACUUUGUCAAUUUCCUCAUUCAUCUUGAGCUUGAGAAGGCAAUCAAACUGUAACCCUAGCAAAUGAAUGAAUUUGGAUCCAAGAAUAUCAUUGACUUUAUUCUUUUAGGUUGUCUCUAAUCCAUUUCCUACAUAUUUGACCAGCUUGGGUUUUUUUCUUCCUUCUUGUUAUG